AGAAGGCGGGCCGAGCUGCUUGGAGGAGGACGUGAAGUUUAGCCGCCGCCGCCGCCGCCAUUUUGUGCUGAGGGCUACCGCUGAGCUCUAGCCACCAUGGUGAAACUUUUCAUUGGCAACCUUCCCCGGGAAGCCACGGAGCAGGAGAUCCGCUCCCUUUUCGAGCAGUAUGGGCGAGUCCUGGAGUGCGACAUCAUCAAGAACUACGGCUUUGUGCACAUCGAGGACAAGACGGCAGCUGAGGACGCCAUCCGCAACCUUCACCACUACAAGCUGCACGGUGUCUGCAUCAAUGUGGAAGCCAGUAAAAAUAAGAGCAAGGCUUCUACCAAGCUGCAUGUGGGCAACAUCAGCCCCACGUGCACAAACCUGGAGCUGCGGUCCAAGUUUGAGGAGUAUGGCCCUGUGCUUGAGUGUGAUAUCGUGAAAGAUUAUGCCUUUGUGCACAUGGAGAGAGCCGAGGAUGCCGUUGAGGCCAUCAGAGGCCUUGACAACACAGAAUUCCAAGGCAAACGAAUGCGCGUGCAGUUGUCCACCAGCCGGCUCAGGACCGCGCCCGGGAUGGGAGACAAGAGUGGCUGCUACCGGUGUGGGAAGGAGGGUCACUGGUCUAAAGAGUGCCCAGUAGACCGCACGGGGCAAGUGCCUGAGUUGACCGAACCUUAUAGCGAGCAAUACGGAAUGGUGCGCACCCCCUACCCUACGGGCUAUGGGGAUCCCAUGUAUUACGAUGACCCCUAUGGAAUGGUGGACUACUAUAAACGGUACCGCGCGAGAAACGCUGCGGCCUAUGGGGCUUCUGCAUACGACACUUAUGCGGAGCACACCAUGGCCCAGUAUUCCCAGUACGCCCAGUACUCACAAGCCACAGCCAUGGCCAGUCGCCUCUCUACCACCUUAGACCCCUACGAGAGGCCCCUGCUGCCAACCUCGGGAACUGCAGCCGCGGUAGCUGUCGCUGCUGUGGCCGCGACGUCCUCAUUUUACACCCGGGAUAGAAGCCCUCUGCGUCGCUCGGCAGCCGCGGCUUCCACCGCUGGAGACGUGUACGGAUACGAGCGCGUUCAGCUGUCUCCCGUCCCGCGAUCCUCCCUCUACGAUGUCCAGCGUUUCGGGCGGGAUGCAGGCGCGGACAGGUUGCGAUACUCCGCGUAUUGAGUCUCGAGGUAGGCUAUUUGAGGGCUGGACAUCGGGCUCCUGUGGCGCGUUCACGUCAAAGCUAUGCCAGGCUUCACGAUGUGUCGAUUUGUGUUUAGCAUGGUCUCACUAAUGGACAUUCUGUGUCUCUGCGAAGCUUAGUGACAGCUAACGUUCCCUCUUCCCUUUUAAAAUAAAUAAAUAAAUAUCCCCCAAGCGUUAUUGGAGAGAGGGGAGGGCAGGGCCCUAGGAAUUGGGAGUGGGGUUGUUGGUAACAGGUCUUGCACCCUUCGCUUUGUUGAUCUCUGUCUAAGCCUGGCCUUCGAGCAUAGACAGAGUGACACCAGGGGAAACAAGGGACAGAUGUUUGGCCUUCCAAGGCUAUUUGGGCCACUGCUUUCCAUCCCAGUUCGACCUGUGACUUUCCUGUCCCCUGUGUAGGCUUUAAUUUUGGAACUGAAUAAUCUAGUUGAUCCAGUUCUCCUUUUUUAUUUUUUUAUUAUGAGAAGACAUUGUCAUAUUUGGUAGCUUCCUGAGUUUUGACUCUCCCUGUAGAAAUCUUUCUUUUGCUAUCAAUAUUAACCUGUGACUUUUUGUUCCUUUGAAGUUGACAUUUCUCUCUUCCCCUUUUUUUUUCCUUCUCCAAUAUAAUAAAACAUUUGUAACAGA